AUCAGCUCCGCGGACUGAGCCCGCCCUCUGUCAUCCUACCAGCCUAUCCGCGAACGCUAUGUAAUCUUGGAAACCAAUCAGAGAAGAGGAAUCCCUGUCGCUGUGUUCUUCUGGGCGAUCUUGUCUAACGACACCCUCCCCUUUUUGCCUCCUAGAGAAGCUGCUGCCGCGCGGAAUAAAGCCCAAAGUCUAGUGGGUUUGUACACCCAGAAAGAAGAAUCGACAAACUUCAUGCGAGAGCUUCUCACCAUGAAUUUGUAUAUAGCAUUUGUGCUAAUUUGAGGAUCAUACACUUCCUUCUUCGCUUUAGCGAUGGGUUUUGCAAAUGCAAGCUCGAAAUACGCGGAUCUUAAAAGCUCGCCACGCUAGGCGACAGAGGAAUUACUAUUUUUUGACUUUUAAAAAAAGUGGUUUGUUUGUGCUCGGUUAACGGCUGCCGUUGUUACAGAUCUUGGCCGAGGGGAUCUCCACAGGUUUGGUCCUAUUGUGGACCGUCUUCAAGAAGACUUUCUCUCCCUAGUCCUUAGUGUCCUUGGCUUCUUUUUACCCGGGCGAUAAGGUGCAACCACGCCGGGGGAAGGCUGCUGCUCUCCGGCUAGCUGAGAAGCGGCUUCUCCUUGAAUCGGGGCCUCGUCGGCUAGGCGACAAUGCUCGACAUAAUGUCUGACCACCAAGAUUCACUUUUGACGUGUAAAACGGAGCCCUUGCCCCCAGAAAGAAAAAAGAGGACUGUUGAGGACUUCAACAAGUUCUGCAGCUUUGUUCUGGCUUAUGCAGGCUACAUCCCCAGUCCAAAAGAGGAAAGUUCCUGGUCUCCAACUUCGUCCAGCUCGGCGCACAGCUCAGGGCUGUCGGCGGACGGGGGCGGCGGGGGCAGCAGCUCCAUUGGCAACGCCUGGCCGGACGGGAGCUCCGACAUCCACACCAUCCACACGUUUGUGCGCAAAGCCCGCGCGAACAAGGGCAAAAACAUUCGGCGCAUGCACUCCGACAGCACCCUGCUGGACAAGAUGCGCCUCAAAGACUCUCUGUACGACAGCCAGGCCAGCGCCAAGGCCGAGCGCAAGAAGGACAAGAAGCUGAAAAAGCUGUCUCUGGGCUCGGCCACGACGAUGGCGCCGGACAGCGGCAGCAGCGAGGGCGAGAAGCGGGCCCGCAUCAAGCGCAGCAAGAACUCCUCCAAACAGCCAAAAGCGAAGAAGCUGAAGAGCUCCACCGCCCAGAGCGAGACGGACUCGGAGACGCGGAAUUCGCACGCCGAGGUCCGAGCCGCCAGGGAGGAGCUGGCAUCUCACGGCGGCUCCUCCUCCAGCAUCCACGGCCUGGGGAAGCCCGACGAAUCCAUCAGGGAAGCGGAGAUGAGCUCCAGCGAGGGCGAGACAUGGAUCGCAGACGAAGAUAUCAUGGUGGAGUCAGGCGACGACUCGUGGGACCUGAUCACCUGUUACUGCGGGAAGCCGUUCGCCGGGCGGCCGAUGAUCGAGUGCAACCAGUGCGGCAUAUGGGUGCACCUGUCGUGCGCGAAGAUCAAAAAGUCCAACGUUCCCGACAUCUUUUACUGUCAGAAGUGCAGAGACUUGCGGCGGUCGGGACACAAAAAGGACACCUAAGAAGGACGUUCUCCGCUGUCCUCUCGACAACUCACUUAACUCCGAUGCCUACAGCCAAAACAGCCUAAAUUCUCACCUGGGAGGCAACUGGUUCUGCAGUUGCACAAAUUAUUUUGACAAUCAAAACAAACAAAAAAAACAACAAAAAAAAACAUAUCUAUUUAUCCCUGGCGUGUUUUUUUUUUUUUUUUUUUUUGUUUCUUUGUUUUUUCCCACCCCCAUUUCUUUUUGCGGACUGUGAAGAACCGGUGGCAGUAGAGAGAACCAUUUGUUGCUUUGUUAAUUCCCACACUAAUUGGCUUUGUGCAUAUUUUUGACUUUUUUUUUUUCCUCCCGAGGGUGCUAUUUUUUCCGACUUGUAAAUUUGUAUCUAAAAGAAUACCAAUCCAAGUUAGACGUAUAUUUCGCAUUGACUUAAAAUUGUAACUUAUUGUAUAGCUCAAAAGGAAAAGGAAAUUGUCACUCCAGUUAAUUUGCUUAAAUUAUGUCACGGAUGUUCGACGGGCAGCUUCCCCCCCCCCCCCCCCCUCCUCCUCCUGGAAGUUUAAUUUCAGAGGCGCUUUAUUUCUGUCAGUGGCGCUCCCCGAACGUCGGCGUAUAAAGUUCUCGCUUCUCUCACGCAAGAGUUGAUUAAUUUAUUAAAAUUUGCAAACUCAUCGCAGUAGGUAUGUUGCAUAUAGAUCUUUCUUUUUUGUUCUUUCUUCCCAGGAGUGUUGAGAGAGG